AUGCAACGCAACAAAGAACUGCGCAAGACGUGCACUCUAGCGGCCACCACCACCAUCAUCAUCAUGGCGAGAACCGCACAGCAAACAAUGUCCAUCCCCACCGCCUCUUCUCAGGCACUGGAAGCGAUGAGGUUGUCGCCCAAACCUGGCCAGCUCACCGCAACCCCGCCACCCAUCCCGUCUAUCAAAACAAACUCUCCCGGUCUCUCUCCCCAUUCGCCGGGUUUGAGACAGAGGGAAGCCCACGCCCAAACAACGUCACGCACACGUGCUGGCACGGGCUUCCUCACCCCGCUACCCCUUUUCCUUGCUCAUGCACCAAGCCGCACGUCAUUCAGAAGUGGUGCAGGCUGCAGGGCAGAUAGAGUGGAGGCGUGA